AUGGUAAAAAUAUUAUUAAUUUUUUAAUAAAAAAUUGUUUGAGUGAUGAAGUAAGAAAUAAUUAAAGAUAUUUUAAUCAAUCCAAGUGCCUUGUCCACGUCCACUCAAAAUCAUAAAUCAUGCUCGAAGCUCGACAAUACACAAAAAAAAAAAAAAAAAAAAAUGGUUGGGUUUCGGCAGAACUGGCCUAUUCCUGGAAACAAUUAGCUUUUGCUUGAAGAGUUAUCCAGUCACCACCCGCUUAUAAUUACCGCGCUGGUUAAAUACAAUAGGUGUAAGAUAUUUGAAAGCUUGGGACCCGUCACGGCGUCACAACCUUAUAGCUUCUGCUCGUGACAGGGGUAGGGGAAGGGAAGGAGAAUCGGUAGGGCUCGCUUACUCUUCCCCUCCAGUGCAGUGGCCGGUGAUAGCAGUAAGACACCCAGGCUUUUAGCUAACCUGCUUUCAGAUAAGAAAAAAAUAAUGGCUAGGGGGGCGGGGGGUUAGAACCCCUAACCCCCCCUCCCCCUGGCUACGCCCCUGAAUAUAUCUAUAUUAAUUUAUUAGGGUCUGUUUUAGACAUAGCUUAAUUUUCAAUGAAAUACACAUAUUCUACAACAAAUUAUAGUUUUAUGACAACUCUGUAAACCAGUAGACUUGAUUUACAUAAUUCUGGACAAUAAUGUAGGUAUUCAUUUUCAAUAAAAUUAUUUUCAGAUGGAGGUGUAUAAUUCGAGUAUCCCGGAUGAAAGUGAAGAUGAGCGCCUCGAAGGCAGUGAUGAUGAUCCUGAUUGGUUGCCAGAAUCUUCUGAUCGUCGGAAGAAGAGGACAUUAGCUGUUCAAAGCUCAGAAGGGUCAGAUGAAUCCAGUGACGAGGAAAGCUGUGGUCCACAGUCUAGACAAAACUGCUCAAGAUAUCUGAGCACUCAAUGGCAUGAUAUCAACAAGAAUGAUAGUGAGAAACAUCAGCCUGUAUGGUGCUGCAACCCGGAAGACCUACAACCUUUGCAGUCUCCCAUUGAUUACUUUCAGCAGUUUUUUACAGGUGAGCUUCUGGAAAAUAUAGUUGAUCAGUCUAACCUGUACAGUAUACAAAGGGAUCCUAACAAGUCCCUCAGCACAAAUGUGAAAGAGCUUGAACAAUUUAUUGGUAUUUGUGUUUACAUGUCUAUAUUUGGUCUGCCAAGAUCACGCAUGUAUUGGGCAUCAAAUACAUAUGUUGAGAAAAUUCAAAAUGUAAUGUCUAGAAACCGUUGGGACCAAAUAAAAAAUUCAAUUCAUUUCAAUGACAACUCUUGCAUGACAGAAAGGGAUGAUGGAAAGAAAGACAAGUUAUUCAAAGUACGGCCAUUGAUUGAUUCUUUGAAAAAUAAGUUCAAUGAAAUACCCCUAAAUGACCAACAGUUGUGUGUUGAUGAACAAAUUAUACCCUUCAAAGGAAAAAGUGGACUAAAACAAUACAAUCCUAAAAAACCUCAUAAAUGGGGUUACAAACUUUUUGACCUUUGUGACUCCCAUGGAAUCAUGCAUGACUUUGAGAUUUACUCAGGGCAGAUCAUGCCUGUGCCAAACCUCCCUGAUCUAGGUGCAAGCUCAAACAUGGUUUUGAGGUAGACUCAAAUCAUUCCAGAACAUAAGAAUUUCCUUGUGUACUUUGACAAUUGGUUCGCCUCACCAAGACUUUUUGUUGCACUGG